AUGGCGACGUCCCUGAUUUGCGGCUGUUUGACGGCUAGCCUGAGAUCUUCGGGGGCCAGAAACACUAUCAGCUCUGCUUCAAAGGUCCUUGGCGGCUCCACAGGUCUGUUCGGUGGCCAUGUGUCCCAGCUGCAGCCUCCCCACCUGCAGCAGCAGCAGAGGAACCUCUCCCUACAUGAAUACAUGAGCAUAGGCCUGCUGAAAGAAGCCGGCAUCUCCGUACCGGCGGGAAUGGUGGCCAGCUCCUCUGACGAGGCGUACGAUGUGGCCAAGAAGAUCGGCUCUAAGGACCUGGUGGUGAAAGCUCAGGUUCUGGCUGGAGGCAGAGGGAAGGGGACGUUUGAGGGUGGACUGAAGGGAGGAGUGAAGAUCGUCUACUCCCCAGAAGAGGCUCGGGAAAUUUCCUCUCAGAUGAUUGGUCGAAAACUGUUCACCAAACAGACUGGGGAGGCGGGUCGAAUCUGCAACCAGGUGUUCAUCUGCGAGCGCAGGUACCCGCGCAGAGAGUACUACUUCGCCAUCACCAUGGAGAGGUCUUUUCAGGGUCCUGUGCUGAUUGGCAGCUCGCAGGGAGGCGUGAACAUCGAAGACGUGGCAGCAGAAAAUCCAGACGCCAUUGUGAAAGAGCCCAUCGACAUCGUAGAGGGCAUUAAGAAGGAGCAGGCUGUCAAGGUUGCUCAGAAGAUGGGCUUCCCAGACGCUCUGGUGGACGAGGCGGCGGAGAACAUGAUCAAACUCUACAAUGUUUUCAUCAAGUACGACGCCUCCAUGUUGGAGAUCAAUCCAAUGGUGGAAGAUUCUUCUGGUGUUGUGAUGUGCAUGGACGCAAAAAUCAACUUUGAUGCCAACGCAGCGUAUCGCCAGAAGAAGGUGUUUGAUAUGAGGGACUGGAGCCAGGAGGACCCCCGGGACCAACAGGCUGCCACGGCUGACCUCAACUACAUUGGUCUGGACGGGACCAUCGGCUGUCUGGUUAACGGUGCUGGUCUGGCUAUGGCCACCAUGGACAUCAUCAAGCUCCACGGCGGCACACCAGCCAACUUCCUGGACGUAGGAGGCGGGGCCACAGCCCAUCAAGUGACGGAGGCGUUCAAACUCAUCACUUCAGACCAGAAAGUUCAGGCCAUCCUGGUCAACAUCUUUGGAGGCAUCAUGAGGUGUGAUGUCAUCGCCCAGGGCAUCAUCAUGGCUGUGAGAGACCUGGAUCUCAAAAUCCCCAUCGUAGUACGGUUACAAGGAACGAGAGUGGACGACGCCAAAGCUCUGAUCGCUUCCAGCCCUCUGAAAAUCCUGGCCUGUGACGACCUGGACGAAGCUGCAAAGAUGGUUGUAAAGCUUUCUGAAAUCGUUUCCUUGGCAAAAGAAGCUCAAGUGGACAUCACCUUCCAGCUGCCCAUCUAAGGAAGCCCCUCUUCUCCCUGUCGCCCCUCAGAGACCUCCACCCCUUUCCUCCACCUCCACCCCACUCACCGACAGUAGGACCGACGUCUCCAGAUGCGUCCACCUUCAUCUCAGUCGUCUUUCCUGGUGGCAAGACUCUGAACGGCUCUCACUUCGAGCAAACUACUUUCUACCUGCUCUUUGUUGUUUCCACAUCUCAGUCAAUCCCACAAUGUUUUGUUGCACUUAGGAUGAUACGCACAAGCCGCUCCCAGCUUUAACCCCCUCCUCUAUUCUCCACAGCUCUGAGAGAACGACUCGCGAUCCGUCGGUCUGUUUACUUCCUUACUUGCUCGAAAAGCCUGGUUUAAAAAAACACAGAGGUUGUCAUCUAGUUCACUGCCGAUCACAUUUAGCUUAUAAUCUGUUUCAGAACAGACACCGAACAAUCGUUGAGCGUAUUCUGAGGUUUCUCAUGGUCACAGAUGGCUGAUUGAAUUAUUUCAAAUUGAACACUUGAGACUCUCAGACUCUGGCUUACUGAUUGUCAUCGCUUCAUUCGCAAAUGAGAAGUUGGUACGUCUUUUUUUGUUUGUUGUUUUUGUUAUGUUUUAUUUUAGGAAGCAUGCUUGUAGUCUUUUCAAACACAAGAGUUUCAGGUGAAUCUUUAGAGUCCCAGUCAGUAUUUUUUGGUCUCUCAUACGAUCCAGGUCAUUGCAGACGAGCUUGUCGAUCUUCAUCUGGUACCUUAAUAAAAUCAGUGGCUUGUAUAUUCAUUAAAAUAACACUGUCAGGAAAAUUACUUCACUGGUGUCACAACUGAAAGGGUUUCAGAUUUGUUGAGCAUGUAUUUGGAUAGAUAUGUAGAGAAAUAUUCAGUUAAAUCACAACUUGGUGACGAUUUUUCUUGCAGUUCCGUUUGUUGAAAACGGAAUUGCAUAAACUGCAUAAACUGCAGUUUAUGCUAUGUUUUACUUGCUGUUAAGUCAUAAGAUAUUUCAAUUUGGUUUUUCUUUAGUCGUGUUCAGACAAAAUAUGGAGAAAAAGUUGUUUGUAAUUUUUUACAAACUUAGAUCUUUGAAUGUUUUAAAAUUGAAUGACUGGAGCUUCGGCUGCUUUCUGAACAGUACAAACAGCUGUUUAUACAUGAGCGUUGGCAGUUCAGAUAAACAACAGAAACAUCAGAACAUCUCUGCUUGAAAGUAAAUCGUACAUAUUCUGCUUCAUCCUUUUUGGACCUCACAUCCUUUCCUGGUAGACUAUACAACAUUCUACUUCUAUUAAUAUUGAACAGUAAAGAAGAGAUAUUGGAUAUUAUCCUUAAUUGUGUGCUUAGCUUUUAACUUCUCAUGUGUCUGUCGCAGAAAGCAAUCUUUCUACCGUUUUUCUGUUUUUAUAUAAUGGAAAAACUUAAAAUUCAUAGUCUUCUGGUGUUUGAAGCAUUUUUUUCCCAUCUGGGUUUUCCUAAUUGGCUUAAAUAGUGUUCAGGAAGUAGGAAGUAAAAGCUGAUGAUCCCGAGUCUCGCAUAUUUGUUUUUCCCUUUUUAAAUCUUAAUUCUCCUGUCGUCUUGAGUGCCGGCUCAAAACUGUUCAAGGAACCACUACUGUUCUUUUUUUUUUUUCUUUUUAGGUUACAAAAAAAUUGUUUGCUGCUGGACUCUUCAGCUAAUCCGUUAGCUGACGAGUCCAGCUAAUAUUCGUUUAUGUGAAUUAAAACCUGCAGGAGCCGUGGCACAGCAGCUGCUUCUCUUCCAGUUCUUCUCCUGUCUGUAUCUAAGGUCAGAGUCUUGCUCGUUUGCGCCCCCCUCAGAUGAACUGUGAAACAACUGUAGUUGUUUUCUCUCCCUCCCUCCGUGUCUCCCCUCCGCUUCCUCAGCGUCGCGAACACGAGCAAACAUUGUGAGUUGUACGUUAUUUUAUCUUGUAAAUAACCAGACUGCUGUUCUCACUCUGUAACAUAUUUAUGAUCUUCUGAAAGAGUUCGACAUUGAAAAGAAUAAAUAGAGAACAACAGCAAG